GCAUGCUUACAUGGCAACAUUUUUAACAUGGCCGCAUGUUGAACGAAACGAUUUUCUUUACUGUUUGCCAAAAAUAAAUAAUACUGCUGUAACUUGUGUGCGGAUAUAUGCUGAACGCAUAGCUGGGGAAUAAAUUAGUACGUGGGACUAAUUACCGUGUUUGGCGAAGAUGAUGCAUCACCCGAACAUGCAUCACCAGCCGAUGUCGGGGCACCCUCCGCAGCACAUGGGCGGGCACCAGGGCAUGCCCGGCCAUCAUCAGAUGCAGCCGCACCAAUUGCACAGAGAGAACAGGCACGUAACGCUAACUAGGGUGCCGCUUGGCCCGUCGGGCGGCGGCAUGGGCGGGCACGGGCUGGGCAUGGGCGCCAUGGUGCCGCCGCACCACGCGCCCGCGCAGCGCCCCCCGCACCCCAUCCGGGCUAUGCCGCACCAUCCGCAGCAGCACCACUCUAUGCCGCCGCAACCAAUGAAGCAGAUGCGCCGCGGGUACGGCGUGGGCUACGGGCCGGCGGGCGUCGUGCCGGCCUACGCGCACCCACCGCUGCAGCCGCCCGCGCCGCUCCCCGUCCCCGCAGCGACACCAGCCGUCACGAAAGAGCCGGCGCCGACGACGGUGGAGCCCGCGGAGGAGAGCGCCGCGCCCGCCGGCGACGCGCGGGCGGCGGGCGACGAGGCGCGCCCGCCGCCCGCCGCGGCCAACAGUAAAGAGAAGACCCCCAUGUGCCUGGUCAACGAGCUGGCCAGGUACAACAAGAUAAAACACCAAUACCGCCUCACAUCAGAAACAGGACCAGCUCACAAAAAAGUAUUCACAGUAACACUCCGAUUGGGUGAUACUGAAGAAUACACAGCUGAGGGUUCUUCGAUAAAACGAGCACAACAUUCUGCGGCCAGCGCGGCGCUGUCGGCCACGCACUUCCCGCCGCCGCCGCCGCGCGCGCCGCCCGCGCACGCGCCCCUGCCGCAUCACCGACACUCUGGUGCAGUAAUGCCGACAGUAGAGCUGAACGCCCUCGCGAUGAAGUUGUGCCAGCCGGCGAUCUACACGUCCAUCCCGGCCGUGGCGGCGCCGGUGCGCGCGCGCAGCCGCCCGCCCGCCUACCGCGUGCCGCCCUUCGUGCCCAGCGUGUACCAGCGCAUGGUGAGCCCGGGCCUGCUCUACCGCGUGAGGGUCACCGUCGGAGACAGGGCGUGGCUGGGCGAGGGCUCGACGCCGCAAGCCGCGCGGCACGACGCGGCGGCGCGCGCGCUGCACGACCUGCGCCCCGCGCCCGCGCCCGCGCCCCUCGCCGACCGCAGCGAGCCCGCGCCGCCCGCGCAACCGGCCGCGCACGCCAACGGGAACGGUGACGCAGCGUCAGAUAUCAUGAACUCUGAAGUGAAGUCGCCGGUGUCAUUAGUGCACGAGCUAGCCUUGAAGCGGAAUCUCACAGUCCAGUUCACAGUGAAGUCAGAACGAGGACCACCACAUAUGAGGGUAUUCAUCACAGUGUGCACAGUGGGCGAGAUGGAAACAGAAGGCGAGGGCAACGGCAAGAAGGUGUCAAAGCGGCGCGCGGCCGAGCGUAUGUUGGACGAGAUGCGGCGUCGCUGGCCACCUGCUUUGCUGCGCGCACGCACACAAGAGCGUCGACGACCGCCGCCUGCUAAAAAGAAGCCAAGGAAUCUUAUCAAGGAAGGGUUAGGCGCAGCGGCUGAAACGGGCGGGGGCGGCGCGGACAACCCGAUCUCGCUGCUGGCGCAGGCGCGGCACGUGGCGCGCGCGCGCUCGCCGCAGUACGUGGUGCUGGAGGAGCGCGGCGCCGCGCGCCGCCGCGAGUUCCUCGUGCAGUGCGACGCGCCGCCGCACAAGGCCACCGGCCUCGGCCCCAACAAGAAGACCGCCAAGCGCCGCGCCGCACACAAUGUCUUGUUGGCGAUGGAAAUGAAUGGCGGAGCUGAGGGUGUGACGAGUUCGACGCUAACAGACGCGAAUACAAAUGGUGCCACCGACGUGAAUUGUACGAAUGGCGAUGCCAAACGAAAAGAGUCUCCUGGAGCCGGCGCGGGCGCAGGCGACGCGCGGCAGCCGGUGCCGGGCGUGCUGCUGAUGGACUACCGCUCGCCGCAGCCCACCAAUGGUGUAAGUGAAACUGGUGCCACUGGUACGAGCAACAGCAGUCCAGGAGCGAAAGAGCAGCUCAUGUAUCUAUCGCAGCUACUAGGCUUUACUGUGCAGUUCUCCGAUUUCCCCAAGCGCAACCACGGCGAGUACCUGUCGCUGGUGUCGCUGUCGACGGAGCCGCCGGUGAUGUGCCACGGCGGCGGGCCGUCCACGCAGCACUCGCACGAGCAGUGCGCCCGCGCCGCCCUGCGCGCGCUCGCGCUCAUGGGGCUCGACGCGCCCGCGCCCGCUCCCCACCAGCCCGCUCAGUGAGUCACGUCCACGCAGCACUCGCACGAGCAGUGCGCCCGCGCCGCCCUGCGCGCGCUCGCGCUCAUGGGGCUCGACGCGCCCGCGCCCGCUCCCCACCAGCCCGCUCAGUGAGUCACGUCCACGCAGCACUCGCACGAGCAG